UGUUGACUUCCUCAGGUUCCUGUGGUGGCCAGAGGGGGACGUGACCCAACAACCUGUGGAAUUCAGAAUGACAGUCCAUCUCUUUGGGGCUACGUCAUCCCCCAGCUGUGCAAGUUACGCACUUAGAAAAACGGCCACAGACAACCAAGAGCACUUCAGUCCCGAGGAGCUGUGUAAGAUGAACCUGGGCUGGGACGAAGAGGUACCGCCACACAUCCGUGAGCAGUGGUCGAAGUGGUCAGCUGGCUUCCCCCUGAUGUCCAACUUCAAAGUGCAGCGGUGCUUUAAGACAGCUGGAUUCGGGUCAGUGACGCAAGCACAGCUACACCAUUUUGCGGAUGCAAGCGACCAAGGCUACGGAACAGCAACUUACCUGAGACUUCAGAAUGACCAGAACAACAUCCACGUCGCUCUGGUAAUGGGAAAAGGACGCGUGGCACCAUUGAAGAGGAUGACGAUACCAAGGAUGGAACUUGCUGCAGCUGUGUUGGCUACAAAAGUUGACAAAAUGCUCACAUCUAGCUUACAGCUACAGCUGGAUAGGUCUGUGUUCUGGACUGACAGCCAGUCUGUGAUCAAGUACAUAGCCAAUGAACACUCCAGAUUCAAAACCUUUGUUGCCAACAGAGUCGCAGCAAUUAGAGAUGCAAGUGAGGUAUGUCAAUGGAACUACAUUGACACCAAAUCCAACCCUGCAGAUGAUGCGACCAGGGGCCAAAGUGCAGAAAAGUUCCUAAGCAACAAAAGAUGGCUUCAUGGACCAGACAUUCUGUGGGAGGCGGAGCAGAAAUGGCCAGUUGACACCAAGCCAACCACAUCACUUGCACCAGAUGACCCUGAAGUAAAAAGAACACACAUAGUGAGUACAACAUUACACCACACAACAGGAGAAAACGCAACACAUACACUCAUUACACAUUACUCUGACUGGACAAAACUAAGAGUUGCAGUUUCUUGGUUCCUAAAACUAAAAGAAACAUUGAGAAAAUUGGUUCAAAUAACAAAACAAGGCAAAAUGAUGACAAGGAACAUGAUGAACAAACCAGACUACAAACUUGGUGGCCAACAAGUGAAUGUGCAAGAUCUAAAAGCAGCUGAAAUAGCCAUUGCUCGCUUUGUCCAAUCACAACAUUACCCAGAUGAGCUCAAAAGCCUUGCCACAAAAAGUCCUGAAGUGAAAAGAGAAAGCACACUGUACAAACUUGACCCAACUCUAAUGGAUGGCAUAAUCAGAGUAGGCGGCCGGCUGAAAAGGAUGGCAAUAGGAGAAGACAGAAAAUGUCCCAUCAUAAUCCCUAAGAAUUCACAUGUGGCCAAACUGAUAUUAGGACAUGUGCACAGGAUAACAGGGCAUGGUGGAAGAAGCCAUAUGCUGUCUGAACUUUGCAGGAAAUAUUGGAUCAGUAAUGCCAACUCAGCCGCCAGAAAAAUUCUGUCCAAGUGUGUUUGCAGGCGAUACAAGGCACGAGCUGGAGAGCAGAUGAUGUCCGACUUACCCCAAGAGAGACUCCAACCCGACCUCCCGCCAUUCACCAACACAGGCGUGGACUAUUUUGGUCCAUUUGAGGUAAAGCGAGGAAGAUCACUGGCGAAAAGGUAUGGCGUCCUAUUCACCUGCAUGACCAGCAGAGCCAUUCACAUUGAAGUAGCCAACUCAUUAGACACCAGUUCAUGCAUUAACGCUUUAAGACGCUUUAUUUGUAGGAGAGGGCAAGUAAAGUACCUGCGUUCCGAUAACGGAACCAAUUUUGUUGGUGCAAAUGCAGAACUGCAAAAAGCCCUCUCCACACUUGACCAAGACAAAGUGCAUAGCACUCUGAGAACAAUGGGCAUAGAAUGGACAUUCAACCCUCCAGGCGCAUCCCAUCAUGGAGGCAUAUGGGAAAGGCUCAUAAGGUCCAUAAGACAAGUCCUCUGCUCCAUCCUAAAACAACAAACACUAGACGAUGAGGGAUUGCAAACUGUCUUUUGCGAAGUGGAAGCAAUCCUGAAUAGUCGUCCUCUCACCACAGUCACCAAUGACCCACAGGACUUAACACCACUAACCCCCAAUGACCUUCUGCUCCUAAAUGCCAGGCCAGUUCUCCCUCCAGGGACAUUCGAGAAGAGCGACCAGUACACCAGACGCCGCUGGAGACAAGCACAAUACCUGGCAAACAUCUUUUGGAGACGCUGGACUUCAGAGUAUGUACCCCUACUCCAAGAACGCCAAAAAUGGAACACGAAGAAAAGAAACUUUCAGUGUGGUGAUCUCGUGUUAGUGGUAGAUCCAACCGCUCCAAGAAGUUCCUGGACCCUAGGAAGAAUAAUAGAGGUCUACCCAGACAGAAGAGGGAUGGUGAGAACGGCAAAAAUCAAGACUCAAACCAACAUCAUACAGAGGCCAAUCACCAAACUAUGUCUGAUGUUGGAGGGUGAAGAAACCUAGAAAAUGAACCAGAAAAAAGGUUGUGUGAAUCUAAAUUAUUUUAUUUAAGACAUAUUUAUGAGAAAUUGUAUUGAAGUAAUGUGAAUAACAAUUGGGCUCCUAUUUUGUAAAUAUUUUGUAAUUGUUCAGUCCGUGCCAAACAAUUAGGGGCCGGUUAUGUAGGAGCCAUUCCCUCAGUUCAAUGUAUUUUGCAAUGUCUUAAUGCUUGCUAUUUUUUGUACUUGUGAGACUAUGCCCCCUACAGGCCAAAGAUGCUAUAAAUUGCGAGGCUACCUGGAGGAGGUGUGGCUGACUGGGAGCGCAGAGUCUUUGACCUUGGCUUGGCGUUUGAUGUGACUCACCUGCGCUAUUUAAAUACUCAUUGAUAUACCCAGUCUGUCUUUUAUUUUAUUUUCAAUGGCUAAAGGAGCCUCAUUUGAUUUGUAAUUUUGGAAACAUUUAAGUAAAAACAAAACCUCAUUUCAACUUCAAAACUUGUCUGUCUUGGAUGUCUGGAUUUCUGGAUUUUUUGGUCACACAUUCACAAGCAAGCGUCAAAGAGGUUGUCAGUCACCACCAAAGGGACAAAACAAAUGGACUUUUA